AUGGCUUGCAUCGACCUGGACUACUUCGGCGAAUGCGUAUGCGACACGAACGCGACGCGGCUGAUGAACGCGUCGCUCGCCAUGGGGCAUGGACAAGUGACUGACAACAACAGCUGGGAAAAGCACAGCGACAUCACGUACAUGCCGAGAGCCAAGUUCCUGUCCUGGCUGUGGCAAAUGAAGUUCUCCGCUGCCAAGAACGUGAACGUGGUAACCGAUAAGAUGCUGCAUGCGGCAGGAGGCUCUGGGUACAAGGUGGACUUGGGUCUGGAGCGUCUGCUCAGAGACGGCAAGGCCGGGUGGGUGAUGGGACCCAGCAACGAGGUGCUCAGACAGUUCGUCGGCAAAGCCGUGCUUAUUGGUAUGGACGCCGUGGACUACUGGGAGCAGAAUAUCAACACGCGCGCAGUGCACCACGAACUCAAGAAGAUGUCCCCCGAGCAGAAGGAGGCCAUCGCCAAAGAGCUGAUGGAGGACGUGCAGAAUGGUCGCCUUUCGGCUGACAAGGUCGCCAGCAUCGACGAUGAGGACUUUGAGAACCCCUUCAGCACUGGGCCACCGCAUUACGUCAACAAGACGCUGACGCUGAAUGGCCGCGAGUGCACGCCCGGCCUGAGUCCGGACAGCUACACCAAGAUGACGCUCCAGAAGCGUUCACCCAUCGGCGACAACAUGGAGCAGUUUGACUUCGCGUACCCCAGCAAGGACAAGCACAGCGGCUGCCUGCCGGGGCAGUAUGUCAAGGUGCGGAUCCGACCCGCCGGCCACCCGGUGCAGGAGCGCUACUUCUCACCCGUGUCUCUACCCGACGAGCCCGACCGGCUGCAGCUCAUCCUCAAGUUCGAGACGGCUGGCAUUCUGUCGCACCAUUUCCAGCAGCUUAAGCCGGGAGAUUCGAUCGAGGUGAUGGGUCCGUGCGGCGGCUUCGAGUACCACGCCAACACCACGGACCACCUGACCCUGAUGGCCUCGGGCGCCGGGGUCACGCCCUGUCUGCAGCUGGUGCGCUCCAUCAUGGCGGACCCGCAGGACCGCACCCAGGUGCACCUGCUGUACUACUCCGAGACCAUCGACGACGUCCUGCUCAAGGACGAGCUGGACAAAUACCAGGGCACCGACCAGCGGCUGAAAGUCCUAUACAGCCUGGGCGAGGCACCGGAGAACUGGGACGGCGAGGAAGGCUUCAUCGAUACCGACAUGAUCCGACACACGGUGCCAACACCCAAUGGAGGCCGCUGCAAGAUGGUGCUGUGUGGCGGUCCGACCAUGAUCAUCUCCACUCUGAGCUCGCUGCGACAGCUGCACUACCCGGCCCGCGACAUCUUCGUCUACGGCCAGUUCGGCGCCGAGCACGUCCGCAUGGUCUUCGGCCGCAACGUUCAGCUGUCCGGCCACUCGUCCAGCUGCGCCGUCUGAGGUCAUGCGUGAACUAUCU